AUGGUGCCACAGUACGGCGAACCAGCUGCUCCUCCUGUAGACCCCUAUUCGGAUGCUUACAAUGCUCUCCCGCCCGCUGCUCCAGCUUUGCAGUCGGACGCGAGAGACCGUGACCUCCCACCUGCACGAGGCCGCUCUCGCUCCCGUAGUCCUGCUCGUAGCAACGGCGGCUUUCGAAGCCCUUUCCGACGUAGGUCUCCUCCUCCCAAGAGGCCUUCUCAUGCUCCAAUUGCGCCCAAUCCUAGCAACGUGCUAGGAGUGUUUGGACUCAGUAUCCGUACUCAGGAGCGUGACCUGGAUGAAGAAUUCAGCCGGUUUGGAAGGGUAGAGAAAGUUACCAUUGUAUAUGAUCAACGAUCUGACCGUUCUCGAGGAUUUGGGUUCAUCAAGAUGUCAACUGUUGAAGAAGCGACACGUUGCAUUCAGGAACUGAAUGGUGUGGACCUCAAUGGCAGGCGCAUUCGUGUCGAUUAUUCAGUUACCGAUCGGCCUCAUGCUCCGACCCCCGGCGAGUAUAUGGGUCAUCGGCGUUCCAACCGGGAUUCGUACCAGGGUGGCGGCGGUGGAGGCCGGGAUCAUCGUGACUCUUUCAGGGAUUCUUUCCGCGACCGUGACCGUGACCGUGACUACCGCCGUUCCGACCGCGAAAGAGACAGGGAUCCCUACGGUCGUGACAGCAGGGACUGGCGCGAGAGGCGUAGUCCCCCUCCUCGAAGUGGCCGUUAUUCACCUGAUUACAGGCGUCGCAGGAGCUAUUCAAGAAGUCCUCCUAGGGGUAGCAGCCCGGCACGUAGGGAUUAUGACGGACCUGCAGGGAACGGUCCCACGUCCGUCGAUGCUCCUUCCCGUUGGUGA